AUGGGCAACAUCUCUAUGAUGGACUUUCCCAUGAUACAGGAUGCCAGAUAUCUAUCUUCGCCAAGCCAGGACUCUGUGUUUGUACCAAAAGCACAGCCACUAUCUCGGCUCUCUGGACCUGGGUUUACUUCCGCACCGCACAACAGUCGCAUUCAGAAAGUGCCAAAGGUGACUCGUUCUCGGCACAAUGCACCGGGAAUACAAGAUUCUCUCUCCACUAUCAAGGCCGCUCCUAGCGCAGCUGGAAGUAACCACCUCAAGAUUCAGAAGUCAUCACAGGGUUCGUCUUUAUCCAAUGCACCCCAGACUAAGGCUGAGCAGCAAGCGCUAGAGCUCAAGAGGAAGUCUGAACAGCGCUUGCAUUCGCCGGAGCCUGUGGAUAUUGAGAGUCGCAUACUAGAGUUGCUACAAAAAGCCAAUCGCGACGAUAUGUCCAGGAGGCCGUCGAAGUCUGAGAAGAAUGAUGCAUUGUUGAAGAUGAUGGCUGAGCUUGUCAAUAAAGGCCCAGGAUCCCCCGACACAGAACAGCGUCGCUCCAGCAAAAGCUCUUCAAACAAUGGCAAGAUAUGUCCGAUGUCUGGCUGCGAAUUUGCGGUCGCUCGUGAUUGCGAUCUGCGUAAGCACAUCAAGCGACAUAACAGGCCUUAUGGAUGCACGUAUCCCAGGUGCCACAAACGCUUUGGCGCAAAGUCAGAUUGGAAGCGCCACGAGAACAGUCAGCAUUUCCAGCAGGAAGCCUUCCGCUGCGGCCAGGAACUUCAGACAGGUCAGGUCUGUGGUGUGCAUCUAUACCGCGAAGGAGCGUUCAAGAACCACUUAGAGAGGGAGCAUAAGAUGGCGUGUGAAGCUGCUCAAGAGAGUGUCAACCGCCGCAGGAUUGGCAAGAACUGCCAAGGUACCUUCUGGUGUGGCCUGUGCAAAGAUAUAGUGCCGCUCAAAGAGCGGCGCAAUGCAGCUUGGGAUGAGCGGUUUGAUCACAUCGCGCGUCACUUCGAGAAGGAGAGGAGAACUAUCGAUGACUGGAUCUGUGCUGAAGAGAACCGACCGAAGAAAGAGCUGCUAGAAGAGAAGAAGAAACGAGACUACUUUGACGAUGAGGACGAGAGGGAAAAGGACGGCGAUGUGGAUGCUACCGGAGACGUGGACGACGAUGUUCCACAGCCGCAACAGCCGCAUCCUCCUCCUCCAAACGACAUGCCCAGUAUGCCGAUUGCGUAUGUCAGAACCCUUGCGGUGUUGUAG